AUGGCAUCUCAAGACGAAAAUGAUCACCUACCCGAGGAGACUCAGGGCUACAAGCUCUCUCAGCCCAAACAGAGCUUGGCCGAAUAUCAGAAUAUGGAUGCCAACGACGAAUCUCUCCAGCGCUACAAGCAAUCCCUCGGUCUAAGCGGCGGAAAGGAUCUAUCCGAUCCGAACGACCCUCGAGUUUGCAUUAUUCACUCUCUAGCUAUGGAGUCGUCCGGCCGUGCUCCCGUCGUUAUCGACCUGUCUGCUCCCGGUAGCGAGAGCACCCUCAAGGACAACCCCUUCAAGAUUAAGGAGGGCAGCAAAUUCACCAUGGUCGCCACCUUCAAAGUCCAGCACGAAAUUCUCAGCGGUCUCCAGUACGUCCAGGUCGUCAAGCGCAAGGGUAUCAAAGUCAGCAAGGAUUCCGAGAUGCUGGGAAGCUAUGCUCCGAACACAGAUAAGCAGCCCCUGUACAGCAAGCGUUUCCAAGAGGAAGAAGCUCCUUCCGGGAUGCUUGCCCGAGGCCACUACAACGCCACUUCCAGCUUCGUCGACGACGACAAGAAGACUCACCUACAGUUCGAAUGGAGCUUCGACAUCAGCAAGGACUGGUAG